AUGGUACAAGAAAACACUGACUCUGUUUGUUUUGUUCGUUUCUGGGACUUGGUUGCUAUGCUGGCCUCAGAGAACAAGAGAGACAAACUCAUCACCCAAGAGGCGAACAGCAGUGGAGCCAUUGAAAAGCUGCAGUCUGAGCACACGAACAGUCAACGGCACAUCAAAGACCUCGAGACAAGGCUAGAGGAAAUUCAAGACCAUCUUCUUUCCAAGCUAAAAGCUUUAGAUGCUAUUGAGGAAAAAAAUGCUUCCCUGCAGCAUGAAAUCUCUUCUUUGAAAAGCACCCUCGGAUACUUUAAAGGAGCUGAGGCAGCACACUGUCAAUUGCCCUCUGCCCCAGUCCAGUUCCACUGUAACUCCGAGUCCAAAGCCAGCCUCACAGCCAAGCCGUCGGAGAAAGUGCUAUAUUCAUGGUUCAUGCAAUCCUCUGAAGUAUCGUUGACACCUAGGAAGUCAUCAUCCAGAAUGGUCAGGUUCCCUGUAUCAUCACUGCUGACGCUAGAAAAAUCUUUAGCUCCCAGCAACAGCAGCUUCUUACAAAAACAAUACGUUCCUUGCUCCAGCAAUUCCAGCCUUGGGAGCAAUGCACUCGGACAAGGUCAGGACUACAUCAGAGCUUUAUUUGCUGACUCCAAGAAGGCCGCUUCAGAACCAGAGGAGAAGGCAGGAAGGCCGCAUGUGCCUCACGAAUACUACAACUCUUCGGCAUCCAGUGCUGUUGGGAACCUUAAAAUUGUUGAAGUUCAUCCAGGUGGUCAUUAUGUGAAGAUACUUAACAGCUCUGCUGAUAAAGAAGAGGGCAUUGGAGACUAUACACUGCAGCAGAAUAUUUAUGGGCAUCCAAUAGCGAUCUUCAGAUUCCCCCCGAAGAUCCGAAUGAAGGCUAAUUCUUCAGUAACAGUGUGGGCUAUGAAUUCUAAAAUGCCUCAUAAGCCACCCACAGACUAUCUCUGGAAGGACAUGGACAAGUUUAAGCCAGGCCCAGAGUGUACCACCAUCCUCUGCAAUCCUGGUGGGCAGGCUGUUGCUUGGUACACUCCCAUUAAUUGGAACCAAAAACCAAAGGAGGAUGAAGGUGGCAGAAUCCACAGAACCCUUAUACAGCCAAUUAUAGGGGUCCAUCAACAAAGAGACCGAUGGGCAACUAGAACAUUUGACAAAUGGCAGGGAAAUGCCAGUCAAAUUUGGGCAGAGGAAAAGGAACCUGAUUUCAUUUUAAGAGAAGAAAAGAGACCACCCAGCCUUUGGCCUGUCCAAAAUUCUUGGUGCCAAAGUCCAAGCUGCUGUACACACCCCCAUUAUUCCAUGGAAAGAUGUGUGCCCAUGGGCAAGGAGGGGAUGUCCACAUGCAGCCAAACAAGAACACAUCCAGUAAAAUCUGGCCUUGACCUUGGAGGUAGCAAGAAGCCAGCAGCAGGAAAUUGUAACAGAAAAAGCAGAAUAAGGCCAACUCGAUCAUCUGGGCCCAACUUAGGUGGAGUGAUUUAUGUAGGUUCUACUGCACCCGUUGGCUCUGCUUUACAGAAGUAUUUUGGCCAUUCAUCUUGCAACUUCAGGCAUCUGGCCCAGGCAUCUCUUACUCACUAACCUUCCCUAGCAUCUCACAGAGGAUCAAUGAAUAGAACUGGGUUAUUUUCAAAGCACUCCACUGCAAAACAGUUUUGUGAUUCAUUGCUCUAGAAAUGAGGAGGUUUAAAGCUUCAGAAGCAGGCAAAACUUUACAUAUCUGAAGGGUAGCCUUGCUAGCUUUUCUCAUUAGUUGAAUUUACCAGCCGCAGUGGGACAUUUGUAUUAACUGAUAAAGCCCUCUGGCAUUAGCUUCAGCUAAGAACAAACACAUUGGCACCCAUUGAUUUCUGUGGGGACCUAAAAUUUCUGGUUUACAGUCACAGUUAUGAAACACAAUUAACUUAAAUGUAUGAAAGCCCAUGAGUAACCUGGGCUGCAACGCUACACAGCUGUGCUGGAUAACUCCCAUUGAAGCCAAUGGUAUUAAGCAAACUAAUUGCAUGUAAGAUUGCAGCACUGGUCUUCAACCCGAACCCUUCUCAGACUGAACAGGAUAGUAUCCAACUUGGUAAAUGUUUGAUUUUCACAGCCAAAAAUUAAGACCAAAUGUAUGCAUAUCUUAAUUCACAUAUGUACGCACAAAUAAUGUAUGGUAGCGGUGGCAGAUGUCUAGGCAGGAUGGGACCCCUUGCCUGAUGCUCAUACAACCCACCAUACUUACAUAUGUGCAUUCAUACAAAACCACCAAGACAAACUGAAUUCAACCCAGCCUGCAUUCCAGUGUGCCGUGUUCUUAAACCCUACACCCUCCCAUUUUUGCUGUCCCAGGCAAGCCCUUUGUGUUCCACUGCACAUAACUGUUGUCUGCUUUUGGCUUGGUGGCUCCCUGGUUGUGCAGACCUUUCACGAUUUGGACACAGAUGUGUGUGCAACUGAACAUAGUUGGAAAAAACUAUUUCUUGUUCAUGGUGUUCAGAUCAUUUCCUACUAUAUACUCUUGUCUAACUGAUUUGCAGUUUCUCAUAAUGCUUCAAAAACUUGCAAAUUCUACUGGAUCAGGGAGAAGAGCAGGACAAGAGAAUAAGUAUGGCAUCAGGAAUAAUGCUAGCUGCAUCAUACCCUUUUCAGCUUUCUCAAAACUACCAUCUUCCCAUGAUUAAGAAAAACAUUUCCUUGCAUUUGACAAGGACACAGUGUAGACAGAAACUCAGCUAAUGCUUUGAUCUAUUUUAAUCAAGCCAGCUUUGCCUCAUCUUUGACAUGGCUGUGGGCUGUAGGGAAAGAUGGAACUGCAACUCUAGUUAGAUGCGGACAAACACAAGCAUUUCUUUUUUCAACCAUUUGACCAGUUUAGAACUGUCUUUAAUCAUGUGGCCACAGACUAUUUUUCAAUCCUUGGAUCCCUCUCUCUCCACCUCUCCCUUGAUGAAAAACUGGCCUAACACAAGCUUAAGGACUUCCUUCAUCAAUAAUAUGAAAGUAGAGAGAAUCUUGUCUGCACAAGCCAAAACUGAAUCAGGAUAUUCUGUUUAAUUACAAAAAUGUCUUAGGGAGUUCUGGAAAUGCAAGGUGUUCCAGAGACACUUACAUGCAUUUUUGAUCUCUCAGUUAUCAUCAGGAACACAUGCAUCUUCGUCUUGGAAGGAAUCCUGGCUUGGACUACACUCUCAUCCUUUUGUUAUCUUGAUGCUGCUUCAUGGAAAUCAAUGAAAAUAAUUGUGAAGUCUUUGUUGUUGAUGUUUUCAUGUUGUAUGUAUAAUAUAAAGUGGCACUGCAAAUAAAACCCAGUUUUAUUCUACA